AUGGAAUCAAAAGGUGUUGAAUCACCACGUAAAUCAUCAGUAAAUAAUUAUGGCGAUACCGAACAUGGUUCUUUUACACGACAUUAUGAUGAUACUCAUUUACCAACUUUAAACGAAGAAGAAUCUACAAAUGAUUAUACUACAAAUUUGUCAGUGCCAGGAAAUUCAAAUGAACUACCAUCAUCAUUUUCUUCAGCUAGUUUUACUGAACAGCAACAUCGUCAAUCUAGUACUUUAAAACCAUUUGAAAGACAAUUAUCAAUACUUGAUCCAAUGUCGGAUCGUGUUAGUACAAUACUUGUUUGGGAAAAUAUAACUGUUCAAGUUCGACCAAAUAAACAAAAAGAAUUUUUUCAACGUAUAAAACCGUAUAAAAAGUUUGUACCACAAAGAAAAUGUUUACUCAAUAAUAUUAGUGGAGCUAUUGCAGGUGGAUUAUGGGCUGUGAUGGGUCCAUCGGGUUCUGGUAAAUCGACACUUUUAAAUACAUUAGCUUGCCGUUUGGAUGUUAAUACAAUUGUUUUAGGUGAAAUGCGUUUAAAUGGUGCACCAUAUGAUAAUGCAGAAUUAAAACGUAUAGCUGGUUAUGUUAUGCAAUCUGAUUUAUUAAAUGGAUCUUUAACUGUUGAAGAAACCUUAAUGUAUACAGCACAACUUCGUUUACCACGAACAUUUACAGAUCCAGAACGAAAAGAACGUGUCAAGGAUGUUUUGGCUGAUUUAGGUCUAUCACAUGUACAUAAUGUUAUUGUGGGUACACCAUUAAAAAAAGGUAUAUCAGGUGGUGAACGCAAACGUGUAUGUGUUGGUAUGCAAUUACUUAAUCGUCCGCAAUUAUUAUUUCUUGAUGAACCAACAUCUGGUUUAGAUUCAGUUACAGCACUUGAUUUACUUCGUACAUUUCAUGCACUUGCACAUGGUAAAUCACAAGCAAAAUCUGUAACAAUUGUUUGUUCAAUUCAUCAACCACAAGCAAAAAUCUUUAAUUUAUUUGAUUCAUUAAUUUUACUUAAAGCAGGUCAUGUUCUCUAUCAAGGUCCGAGAAGACAAGCAAUGGAUGUUUAUCGUACAGCCGGAUUUCCAUGUCCUAUACAUACAAAUCCAGCUGAUCAUCUUUUAGAUGUUAUAACACCACCACGACAUAAUCCAGUACUUGGUACACCUACAAUAUCACUUGAACAACAAGCUGCUAUUGAUGAAGCAAUUAUUAAAGUACAACCACCACUUAGUAUUGAUCUUAGUAUGGGUGAAAAUAAACGUCUUGCUCAAAUGUCUAGUUUACUACAUAAUCCAACAUGGUUGAAACAAGUACAAAUUCUUCUACGACGUACAUUUCAAGAACAAUUUCGUCAAUCACAAAUUAUUAUUACAUCACUUGUACAAACAAUUAUCAUGGCUAUUUUAAUUGGUACUGUUUAUUUAAGGAUUGGUAAUACACAAAAAAGUAUUGUACGUCGUGAACCUGCAUUAUUUUUUUGUGCUGUUAAUCAAGGUAUUUUUGGUGCUUUAAUGGUUAUUAAUUCAUUUCCUGUUGAACGUGCAUUAACAUUACGUGAACGAGCAUCUGGUACAUAUUAUGCUAGUGCUUAUUUUAUGGCAAAAAUUAUUGCUGAAACACUUAUUCAAAUACCAGUACCAAUUAUAUUUUCAUGUGCUUUGUAUUUUCUGAUUGGUUUUCAACUAACUGCUGGCAAAUUUUUUCUAUUCACAUUUUUUAUGUUACUAUGUUCAUUAGCAGCAACAUCAUUAGCAUUGUUAAUUUCUGCUAUUUGUAAAACAACAGAUAUGAGUGUUACUGUACUACCAUUAGCACUUGAAGUUUCACGUUUGUUUGGCGGCUUCUUUUUAGCACCAUCACGUUUACCUAAAUAUUUUGCUUGGCUUGAUGCAUUAUCAUAUGUUAAAUAUACAUUUGUUGGUCUGGCUUUAAAUGAAUUACAAGGUCUUACAUUAACAUGUACAGAUGCUGAUCGAACAAAUGCUUCGUGUAUUGAAACUGGUGAACUUUUUAUUAUAGAACGUGGAUAUGAUUAUAUUACUAUAGGUGGUUGUAUAGGUGUACUAUUAGGUUACAUUAUUUUUUGUCGUAUUUUCGCAUAUCUUGGUGUUCGAUUUCUUAAAAGUUAA